AUGAGCCGGGCGCUGACGGAGCCCAUCAGCAGCAGCUUCCGAGAAGAUGCCCCCCGUCCCCCGGUGCCGGGCGAGGAGGGAGAGGCGCCAUGCUACAACCGAUCUGCCAAAAUGAGAGCCCAGAGCAAGGCGAAGGACGCCCCGGUCCCCGGCUCCGUCCCCGUCCCCGGCUCCACUCCGCGGAGGAACGAGGACGGGCUCGGGGAGCCGGAGGGCAGCGCGUCGCCGGACUCGCCUCUGGUCCGGUGGACCAAGUCCCUGCACUUCCUCCUGGGCGACCAGGACGGCGCCCAGCUCUUCAAGACCUUCCUGGAGCGGGAGAACUGCGCGGACGCGCUGGACUUCUGGUUCGCCUGCAACGGCUUCCGGCAGAUGGACCUGAGGGACAGCAAAACGCCGCGGGUCGCCCGAGUCAUUUUCAAGCGCUACGUGGAGAACAACAGCGUCGUGGCGAAGCAGCUCAAGCCGGCCACCAAGACCUUCAUACGGGAUAGUGUCAAGAAGCAGCAGAUAGACUCGGCCAUGUUCGACCAGGCGCAGACGGAGAUCCAGGCGCACAUGGAGGAGAACGCCUACCAGAUGUUCCUGACCUCUGACAUAUACCUCGACUACGUGCGCACGGGCUGCGAGAACGCGGCGUACAUGGCGCACGGCGGGCUGGGCAGCCUCAAGCUCGUGUGCGGAUACCUGCCUCCCCUCAUGGAGGAAGAGGAGUGGAGUUGCGCGGACUUGAAGGCGAAAGCCUUCGGCUCCGUGGUGGGACUGUCCGCCAAAAACCUGCGGGCCACGGCCACCCUCCGGACGGCCGCGGAGCUGCUGGAGAACAGCUGCAGUUAUUUCCCAAACGCCCGAGACGGGAGAGAAGGGGAAGGGGAAAGGGAGAGGAGGCAAAGCCACAUGAUCAAAGCGUCUCAGAGGAACGUGCCUGUGUGUUUGUGCCCUCCUGCCUUGCAGUUAGUCAAGGGGGUUGGAGGGGUGGGCGCGGAACAUCAGCUCGCCUCGCUGAUGGCUUGGUCGGGCUACAGAGGGUGCAGGCAGGGGGCCUCCCCUCCGAGCAAGACCAACUGCUGCCCCCCCCCCGCCCCCUUCCCUUCCCCUCGCCUGGCACUGCCAAGGGCACUGGGCACGGGGAGAUCCGGGGAGCGAUGGGUUCAGAGGACACACCGGCUGCCUAAGGAGAUGACCCCCGUCGAGCCCUCGGCCUUCGCCGCGCAGCUCAUCGCCAAGCUGGAGAAGCUGAAGCGAGAGCAGGACGCCAUGAGCUCGCUGGAGGAGCGGCUGCAGCAGAUCCAAGAGGAGGAUGAAAGAGAGGAGAGCCCUGACCUCAGUGGCGGCUCCUCCCUCCACCACCCGCUCCUGCCUUCUGCUGGCCACUGCGAGGAGGACCCCCAGGCCAUCCUGGACGAGCACCUUUCCCGUGUCCUGAAGACGCCGGGGUGCCAGUCGCCCGGCGUGGCUCGCCACUCGCCGCGCUCCCGCUCCCCCGAGCGCGCCGGCGCCCUGGCGUCCUCCGGCCACGGGCCAUAUUUCGGUGCCUACCGCGCCACCCCCAAGCUCCUGGUGACGGGCCGGCCCUCCACUAAGCACAUCCACCACCACUACAUCCACCACCACCACGCUGGGCCCAAGUCCAAGGAGCAGAUCGAGUCGGAGGCGGCUCAGCGCGUGCAGUGCCUCUGCCCUCCAGGGGGCGCCACCUAUUCCGACUUCACACCUGCCCGCUGCAGCACUUUGUCCCGACGGCCCGCCAAGACCUGCGAGGAGGGCGUGUCCUCGCCGUGCCUCCCCCUGGUCUCCACCGACCGCUCCCAGAACGUCUGGCAGUGGAUCCUGGAGAGCGAGAGGCAGGGGAAGCACAAGCCGCACAGCUCUCAAGGCCUCAAGAAGUCCGGUCCGCUGGACCCCAAAGCCCUGCCCGCUCGGCCCAGCUUCCCCUGGGGGGGAGGAGGCCUCGGCGGGGGGGCCCACCUCCGCAGCCACCACCCGGGCCACCCCUUCAUCCAGGACCCAGCCAUGCCCCCCUUGCCCCCCCCCAACACGCUGGCCCAGCUGGAGGAGGCCUGCCGCCGACUGGAGGAGGUCUCCAAGCCGCCAAAGCAAAGGCACUCUGCAGCAGCCGGCUGCCUUCAGAGGGACCGGAGCCACCCGGCUGCCACCUUCCCCUUCGGAGGAGGCCAACAACCGAACCCCGGCGCCCCGUCAGACGAGUCUAAGGAGCUGGUGGUCACCUACUUCUUCUGCGGGGAGGAGAUUCCUUAUCGCAGCAUGAUGAAAACCCACUGCCUCACCCUCGGCCACUUCAAGGACCAGCUCAGCAAGAAAGGCAACUACCGCGAUGGGGGGAGAGGAGGGAGGUCUGGGGAGGAUGAGAGAGAGGAGAGUCCUGACCUCAGUGGCGGCUCCUCCCUCCACCACCCGCUCCUGCCUUCUGCUGGCCACUGCGAGGAGGACCCCCAGGCCAUCCUGGACGAGCACCUCUCCCGUGUCCUGAAAACGCCGGGGUGCCAGUCGCCCGGCGUGGCUCGCCACUCGCCGCGUUCCCGCUCCCCCGAGCGCGCCGGCGCCCUGGCGUCCUCCGGCCACGGGCCAUAUUUCGGUGCCUAUCGCACCCCCCCCAAGCUCCUGGUGACGGGCCGGCCCUCCACUAAGCACAUCCACCACCACUACAUCCACCACCACCACGCGGGGCCCAAGUCCAAGGAGCAGAUCGAGUCGGAGGCGGCUCAGCGCGUGCAGUGCCUCUGCCCUCCAGGGGGCGCCACCUAUUCCGACUUCACACCUGCCCGCUGCAGCACUUUGUCCCGACGGCCCGCCAAGGCCUGCGAGGAGGGCGUGUCCUCGCCGUGCCUCCCCCUGGUCUCCACCGACCGCUCCCAGAACGUCUGGCAGUGGAUCCUGGAGAGCGAGAGGCAGGGGAAGCACAAGCCGCACAGCUCUCAAGGCCUCAAGAAGUCCAGUCCGCUGGACCCCAAAGCCCUGCCUGCUCGGCCCAGCUUCCCCUGGGGGGGAGGAGGCCUGGGCGGGGGGGCCCACCUCCGCAGCCACCACCCGGGCCACCCCUUCAUCCAGGACCCAGCCAUGCCCCCCUUGCCCCCCCCCCACACGCCGGCCCCCCCGGAGGAGGCCUGCCCCCCCCUGGGGGAGGUCUCCAAGCCGCCAAAGCAAAGGCACUCUGCAGCAGCCGGCUGCCUUCAGAGGGACCGGAGCCACCCGGCUGCCACCUUCCCCUCCGGAGGCGGCCAACAACCGAACCCCGGCGCCCCGUCAGACGAGUCUAAGGAGCUGGUGGUCACCUACUUCUUCUGCGGGGAGGAGAUUCCUUAUCGCAGCAUGAUGAAAACCCACUGCCUCACCCUCGGCCACUUCAAGGACCAGCUCAGCAAGAAAGGCAACUACCGGUAA